AUGUCUGACGAAUUGAUGUCUUCAUCAAAGGUGGACGAGAAGAGUGUCCGACACGGAGGAGAGCUCGUGGCCGCUGUGUUGCGAUCGCAUGGCGUCGAGAAUAUCUUCACUCUGUCGGGCGGACACAUCGCACCCAUUCUCACCGCAUCCGAGAAGCUCGGCAUCCGAGUGGUGGACACCAGGCAUGAGGUGACCGCUGUGUUUGCGGCCGACGCCACCGCCCGACUGUCGGGCAUCCCUGGCGUGGCUGUCGUGACGGCAGGUCCCGGAGUGACCAACACUGUGACGGCCGUCAAGAACGCACAGAUGGCUGAGUCGCCAAUCGUGGUGUUAGGCGGCGCCGCGGCCUCUCUUCUCAAAGGCAAAGGCGCUCUUCAAGACAUCGAUCAGAUUUCGCUCUUCAAACCGAUCACAAAGAUGGCGACGACUGUCACCAAAGUCAGAGAUAUUGUGCCGAAACUGCGCGAAGCCUUCAAAGUGGACGAGAAGAGUGUCCGACACGGAGGAGAGCUGGUGGCGGCUGUGUUGCGAUCGCAUGGCGUCGAGAAUAUCUUCACUCUGUCGGGCGGACACAUCGCUCCCAUUCUCACCGCAUCCGAGAAGCUCGGGAUCCGAGUGGUGGACACCAGGCAUGAGGUGACAGCUGUGUUUGCGGCCGACGCCACCGCCCGACUGUCGGGCAUCCCUGGCGUGGCUGUCGUGACGGCGGGUCCCGGAGUGACCAACACUGUGACGGCCGUCAAGAACGCACAGAUGGCUGAGUCGCCAAUCGUGGUGUUAGGCGGCGCCGCGGCCUCUCUUCUCAAAGGCAAAGGCGCUCUUCAAGACAUCGAUCAGAUUUCGCUCUUCAAACCGAUCACAAAGAUGGCGACGACUGUCACCAAAGUCAGAGAUAUUGUGCCGAAACUGCGCGAAGCCUUCAAAGUGGCCCAAAGCGGAACUCCCGGCCCCGUGUUUGUGGAGCUACCCAUCGAUGUGUUGUAUCCGUUUCAGGUGAUUAAGAAGGAGAUCGCCUCGAGUUCUAACGCCAAGGGACUUAUCGGCAAAGUUGUCAAUUGGUAUCUCAAUAACUAUCUGCAAAACCUGUUCGCCGGUGCCUUCGAUCAGGAGUGGCCCACACAUCCCGUGCCGGUAGACAUUCCCUUCCCAUCGAAAACCGAUGUGUCGACCGCCGCAGAAAUGCUCUCUAAAGCCAAGAAACCUCUCAUUAUAUUGGGCUCGCAGUCAGUGCUCCCACCGGUCGGCGCCGACAAACUCAGGGCUGCCAUUGAGUCGUUGGGUAUUCCGGUCUAUUUGGGAGGUAUGUCUCGAGGUCUGUUGGGAAAGGCGUCGCCCAUCAACAUGAAACAGGCUCGACGUGAGGCCCUCCGGGACGCCGAUGUAGUGAUUCUGGGCGGAGGUGUGGCCGACUUCAGGCUGGGCUACGGGCGCACGUUCUCGAAGAAGUCGAAAGUGAUUGCCGUUAACCGAAGUAAAGAGCAAUUGUAUAAAAACGCGAAACUCUUCUGGAAUCCCGCGCUCGCAGUGCAGGCAGACUCGGCCCAGUUCUUCGUCGACUUGGCCGACAGUCUCAAGGGCUUCAAAGUGGACGACCAGUGGAUCAGCACUUUGAGGGAAAGGGAGACCGAAAAGGAGAAGAACGCCAGGACUCAGGCGGAGAACAAUCCGGACGAGCACUUGAAUCCAUUGAAAGUUUUGCACGAUUUGGACGAAUCGUUGGACGACAACACGAUUAUAGUGGCCGACGGCGGAGACUUUGUUGGUUCAGCUGCUUAUGUGCUGAGACCCCGGGGCCCCCUGCGAUGGUUAGAUCCCGGAGCGUUCGGCACGUUAGGAGUGGGCGCGGGCUUUGCAAUUGGCGCUAAGCUGUGCCGACCGGACAUGGAUGUGGUUGUCGUGUUUGGCGACGGAUCGCUCGGU